AUGGCCGUUGGUCAAGUGAUCAAAAAAACCGAACACAAAAAACAUCACAAAAUGUGGUUUGCUGGAAAAGAUUGUUGCAAAACGGGAACGAAAAACAAAAAAAAGUACUCUCAGAUUAUCCCCGAUCCUCACAAAAAAAAACCAACUGUUCAAUCAGAACCAAGUAUAAUUGACAAAUGUCAAAAAUUGAUAAAAUGUGUAUAUGUUAAAGAGAACACUUUUAGUUCUAAUAAAUCACCACGCCCAGAUACCGCAAUAAUAUAUCCAAUAAACAGCACUUGGAUAUUUUGGUAUAGAGAUCCAACAAAAAUGCAUGGAAAAAAUCCUUGGGAAGAAUCUUUGACCAAAAUAGAAACUAUUCGUGAUGUGACUCACUUAUGGAAGGUUCUUAAUCACGUCAUUCAACCGUCAUUAAAAUCGCUACACAGAAGUCUAUUUAUUUUCAAUGAAAAGAGCAUACCCGCGUGGGAACAUAAAAGCAAUGAAAAUGCAGGACGUUGGGUAAUCACAUUGAAUGAUAACCAAAAUUUGCAUAAUGUAUGGAAUAAUAUGGUACUACAAGUAAUUGGUGACAAAUUUUCAAAUGUUAUAGCUGAUAUAAAUGGUAUAGGAGUACACGUUAAACCACUAUUUUCUAAAAUUACAAUAUGGACUGUCGAAAUAACCUUGGAUAAUUACAAGAACAUAAACGAAAUCGGGAUGAUGUGCCGAACAAUUAUCGGGCCAAUGGUAAAAUAUAUCAAUUAUGUGAUGCACAACCAAGAUAGAUCUAUGUAA